AUGGGGGCGAAACGAUUGGUUAAAGGUUCUCUGUUUAUCAUUCCAAUGGUCACGUUCAAUGAUGGAUAUUUUGCUUGUGCGAAGUACAAGGUCUGCAAAAUUGGCGAAUUAGCACCAACGUUCGUUAAUGAUCAAUCAUUAAUACGGUGCCUGCUCAGCGAUUCCUUUGCAACAGGCAAAUGUUAUUUUAUUAAAAAUGGCACUCAAUUCCUCUAUUGUUGUUUAUUUUAUCAAGGUGGAAUUAAAUAG